GAUUACAGACCAUCCGGUUAUCCACACCAUUUGCUCGCACCACGACGCAGACAGUAGACAGUAAACUACUAGCUCUCUUUCGCUCUCCAAAUGGUUGGGCCGUAGACGACCGUAAAAAUGGCUGUUUCAUUCCACUCGGUGCCGGGCUUCAAUUCCACGUUACAGGCCAAGUACCAGAAUGUGUCAAAAGGUUCUGUUGGAGCUUCUAUACCAGCGGCCACCACCCAAUUCACAUCCUUCUUUGGAGCAUUUGGACAAAGGAGGAAUGUAAGCGAAAAACGAUGGGGUUUAUGUCUCUCAGUUGCUGAUAGCAAUCAGCUCACCACAGACACUGGUGACAAGGCUUCUGAAACUACUGCAAGUUCUCCUGAUGACCGAUUACCACCUGUUGAUUCAACAUCUUCGCCUCGGUUCCAAACUAGCGUCCUUGAUAAGUCCGGAUCUCAAACUUCUGACGUUCAACCCAAGUCAAAAAGAUCGCCGCUAACAGCAAGGGAGAGAUUGAGGGCGGCAAAGGUUCUUAGUCGUUACACAGACUCAAAGCCGUUUAAAAAAUCAGCUAGGGGCAAGAAUGUAUUAGAUGCUCUUAGAGACAGCGAGCGUGGGAAGAAAAGGUCCGGACUUCCAGAGGCCCCUACAAACAUUUUUGACGACAGUAAGCGAGGAAUGCCAAAGCAGGGCCUAACUUGGGAUUUUCCGGGGGGCAAUGAUCUGUUUCUAAUUCUCUUUUCAUUUGUAUUUAUCAGCACGGUGAUGUUCGCUACAACGUACGUGGUUUGGAAACUUGGUGCCAUCCAUUUCAAUGAAAAUUGAGAUGCACUGCGGUUGGCAUCCCGGGGUUUUGCACCAGCCACCUUGAUGCUUCUGUGUACUCAAGUUCUCAUCUUGCACAGGACUAGGGUUUGAAACCAUUGUAGGCAAGAUGUACAGUACAAAGAUUUGCAGGGUCAAUAUUUGUAUCAUCAGUAUUCAACAUUUACUGCAAGUAUACUUUUGUAGCUUCAUUGGAGAGAAACAUAUGGUAAAAGCUAUUCAGUUCCUUUGAA